CGCAGUAAACACCAUUUCUUGCGAUCUCAUCUUUGUGCCGCUUUCAAUCACAAUUCCACUCGUCGCGAAACCUAAAAACCAUGGAUGAAGAAGACGAUGAUUUUUAUGAUCCCGCGGACUCGGUGCCGACAACUCAACCGCAUAAUGCCUUCCAAAACACCCCUUCGAACGCCAAUCCCCAGGGAGAUGAUAUGGAGGAAGAGGUAGAGGUGGAAGACGAUGAUGACGAUUUUAAUAUUAUUACAGAGGCACCUCCCGAUGCACUUCCAGAAGUUCAACACCCUCGCCAUGCCAGUCUACGAGGUGAGCCUCAGAGACCGUCGUCUACGGAUUCAUCAGCUGUAUCGAAAUCGAUAACGCCUUCUGCAACCCCCAAAGUCGAUGCUCCUACCCCAGUGCCCGCCAGUGCAAAGCCUGCUGUGCCACAAAAACCAGGAUCCGCAUACCCAGCGAUUCACUCGUCCACAAUCGAUGUCCAUGCGAAUCCUGUCCAUCCCAAUACCGGGAAACCCAUUAUGUUAACGGACAUGGAUACCGAUUUCCCUGCAGAUGACAAGCCAUGGAGGCGACCUGGGUCGGAUAUUUCAGACUAUUUCAACUACGGGUUCGACGAGUUUACCUGGGCAAGCUACGUGCUCAAACAGCAAGAAUUACGGAAAGAAGUGGGAGAUCAAAAGAAGCAGUUAGAUGACAUGCAGGCGUUCUUGGGCAUGGGUAUGCCUCCUCCAAUGCCGGGCGGCCCUCCCCCAGGACCUGCAGCGCCUGCGGGUAGUGCACCACCAGGAAUGCCGGGAAUGCCCAGCAUGCCCGACAUGAACCAAGACAUGAUGCAGGGCAUGUUGACAAGCAUGAUGGCACAGGGUCUGGAUCCGGCUUCCAUGGACCCUAUGGUAUUCAUGCAACAUGCGCAGGCGAUGAUGGGCGGUCAACCCGGCGCAGGCGGCGGACAACAAGGACAACCUGGAUUUGGAGGUCAACCGCAAGGUCAAGGAUUUGGUGGCCAAGGCGGUGGUCAACAGAUGGGAUACGGAGGUUACGAUCAACGAGGCGGAUAUGGCGGCGGUCGAGGACGAGGGAGAAGAUGGUAGAGCUAUGGGUUUAUCCUUUGAGUGUUGUUAUCUUUAUAAUUCCCCUGCGAUAUUAGUGUGUACCAUGAUGAUGGGUCGGAUCUUGCGGCGUUCAAAAUGCAUGAAAUCAGGACAUUUCAAUUGUUAUGAAUGACUCGUUUCUAUUCCGCUGUGUUGUGAAGCUUCGGGAAAACGGAGCUGUGUCUUCGACAGGGAAGCACAUAAACAAACCAGAGAAAAUAAUUCUUUACCCUCUAUAGAGCCAUGGCAUAAACAUGCUUGAGAACUAGCAAAGCAAAU